AUGGGUUCAAAGCUCACUCCCCUCCUAAUUUUUUGCUUGGUCUUUUUCAUUAAGUGUCUCAAAACAACAAGCAGCCACACAAACCGAGAACACGGCCAUCAAGCUCCACAACACGAUCAAAAAACACUACCAUCCGAAAACGACCCCGAACUUAGCGUCUUCUUCCACCACAACACCCUCCAAACUGGCACCAAACUCCGCCUCUAUUUCCCGACAAACGAGCCUUCAACCUCCCCACGCCUACUCUCCCGUCAAGAAUCCGAUUCAAUCCCUUUCUCAUCCUCACAACUCCCAAGCAUCCUCCGGCUAUUCUCAUUAACCGCUGCAUCCAAACAGGCCCUUGCCAUGCGGGCAACCCUCGACCACUGUGAGUCCCCACCCAUCACCGGGGAGUCCAAGUUCUGUGCCACGUCGCUCGAGUCCAUGCUCGACUCCCUCCGCUCCAUCUUCGGUUUUCGAUCCGAAUUCCGCGUGAUCACGACGAAUUACCCCGUGGGCCCCAUGCCGGUUUUGAGGAACUACACGGUUAUCGAGGCGCCUGUGGAGAUAUCAGCGCGGAGGAUAGUGGGUUGCCACGUGUUGCCUUACCCCUACGCAGUUUUCUACUGCCAUAGCCAGGACAGCGAUAACAAGCUGUACGAGGUUUCGCUUUCGGGGGAAGACGGGGAGCGAGUUGAGGCUGUGGCUAUGUGCCACAUGGACACGCGGGAGUGGGAUUCGGACCACGUGGCAUUCCGGGUGCUGGGGAUUGAGCCAGGGGGCCCGCCCGUUUGCCAUUUUUUCCCACCGGAUAAUCUUGUCUGGGUUUCGACCUGA